UCUAUACGCAGUGUACGCGAGUGAAUUCGUGGUGAAAAAAAAAACUGUCUAUCUUUCUGAAGCUGUAACUAAAAAACUGAUGUGAAUUUAAAGACAAUUAUUGUUCCGUUGUAGUGAAUUUGUUAUGUAUAGUGUGAGAUAUUAAUAAAAAAUUGACAAAAUUUGACCGGCUGUUUGAAAAACGAAAAUGGCUGACGAUAUACGAAACGGAAUCUCUUGCAUGUAUUGGUGGUAUAAUCAUCGAGUUGGUGCAAAAGAAUCAGCUCCAAGUGUGUGUGCUGCAUGGCAUCAUCUUCACUGCAUCCACGAUGGUGUGUUUUUAUUAUUUCUUGUUGGCCUACCGCAAAGCGUCGGCGUACAUAGCUCGUCACAAACGCAAACGGAUUUGCGUGGCGAUGUUCCUGCAACUCAAUUUUCGGUUAUUACAAUGCAUCACCAGGCUACACAUUUUCUAAUUGCAGCGUUGCUUGCCUUCCAGCUGGUUGAAUCAGCGUUGUACGACAUAACGCUAGAUUCAUUCGAGCCAUACUCAGGAACCGAUCCCAACUUCAUCGAUUACGGAACGCUACGAGUAUCGAAGAAAAGUCGCAACCUUUUCGUCAUAGAUGGCAAAUACGAGCUGUUCCAAAACGGGGGUGACGAAGUCAGGAUCGUUUACCAAAUUGUCUAUGGAAGUCAAAGCCAGCCGAUGUUCUCGGGAAACAUUGGAUUUUGCGAGUCGAUCAACGGUGAUGGCGUCGUCCUGACCAAAUUGCGCCAAGUGUCAAAUCUCCCGCCAAAGGGCACCUGCCCAUAUCCCAAGGGAAAGUACUACGUCGACAAGUACCAGCUGGACGAGUCGCAGAUCCCACCGAUGUUACCACCGGGACAAUACACUCUGACGGUUCAAAUGGUGCUGAGUGGGCAGAUUAAGGGCGGUUAUAAAUUGAAAGUGACCAUAAAAUAGGAUAUGAGAGUUUAGAGUAUAAAUUAUGUUUUCCAAAUCAUUCUGAUAACCAGAUCUUGAAUUUUCUUGGUCUAAUGAAGCUCUGAAAGUCAU